UUGAUCAACAGCUUGACCACCCGAGGACAGUCAUGCGAAGAAAAAAACUUUUCUAAAGUACUUAUUGGACUUUUGGCAGCUCAUCAGAUCUCGUAAAGCAACAUAACUUCCGCGGGAGAGAAGUUUAAUCACCGAGUGCGAAGGUAGUGAAGGAAGAGCUGUAUUAUAUGAUGAAUUUCUCAGAGGUCUUCAAGCAAUCCAACCAGCUUUGUAAAGUUUCUCCAGAUGGGAAAUAUUUGGCUACCUGUGUGCAGUACAGACUGGUGGUGCGGGACAUGAGCACCCUGCAGAUUCUACAGCUCUACACUUGUCUGGACCAGAUAUCCAACAUGGAAUGGUCUUCAGACUCUCUCUUAAUCCUCUGUGCUAUGUACAAGAGAGGAAUUGUACAGGUGUGGUCUCUAGAACAGCCGGACUGGCACUGUAAAAUUGAUGAAGGCUCGAUAGGGCUACUCUCCUCUCGCUGGAGUCCAGAUGGACGUCACAUUCUCAACACCACUGAGUUCCAUUUGAGAGUCACCGUCUGGUCCCUGUGCACUAAAGCAGUGUCUUUCAUCAAGUAUCCCAAAGCAUGUCAGAAGGGUAUAGAUUUCAGCAGAGAUGGCUGCUACAUGGCUUUGGCUGAGCGUCGAGACUGCAAAGACUACGUUAGUGUAUUUGUAUGCGAUGACUGGCAUUUACUAAGGCAUUUUGAGACUGAGACACAAGACCUUGCAGGGCUGGAGUGGUCCCCCAAUGGUUGUGUCCUGGCAGUGUGGGAUAGUUGUCUGGAGUACAAGGUGUUGAUGUACUCCUUAGACGGCCGGUUGCUGUCAACCUACAGCGCCUAUGAGUGGUCACUGGGUGUGAAGUCUGUGACCUGGAGCCCAAGCAGUCAGCUUCUGGCUAUUGGCAGCUAUGAUGAAAAAGUCCGCAUCCUCAACCAUAUCACUUGGAAGAAAAUCACGCAGUUUGAGCACCCAGCAACCAUCAACAACACAAAGGCUGUUGUGUAUAAGGAAGUGGAGAGAAGACCAGCUGUUGGAAGUGAUGACCUGUCGCUACACAACAUUUCAAUUGGCACCACCCUCUUCAACACCCAGAGCAAAUACGAGAUCUGCCCACCGCCAGUUCAAAUUUCUGUGACCAAACCAGACGCGGACCGAGCCAACCCAAAGAUUGGUGUGGCUGCUUUGUCAUUCAGCUCAGACAGUCGCUAUUUAGCCACCAAAAAUGACAACAUGGCCAGUGCUGUCUGGGUGUGGGACAUGCAGAAGAUGACCCUGGAGGCUGUGCUCGAGCAGUCAUCAGCUGUGCGUUGCUUUCAGUGGGACCCACGGCGCCCCCGGCUGGCUCUGUGUACUGGCAACUCCAAACUCUAUCUGUGGUCCCCUGCAGGCUGCGUUUCUGUCCAAGUCCCCACUGAAGGUGGUUUCCAGGUCCACUCACUAACCUGGCACUGCAGUGGAGACUCUCUGAUCCUGCUCUCCAAGGAGCAGCUAUGUUUGUGCUACAUGGAUACUGAACCAGACGAAAAGUGACACUCACAAAUACACAGGUCUUGUGGAAAAAAAACAACUGGAUUUUUAUUCAGUUUUUUUUUUUUUCAUAUCCACUUAGUGUUGAGUACAUGAAUGUGAUGACCAAGAGACUGGUCCGAGCACUCCUCCUGAAAGAUCUCAACCUUUUCAUGCUGAACUGAAAGCGUUCAUAAAGGUGUUUAUGGAGCGCUCAGUGCUGGUCACUGGGAUGUUCCAAAAAACAUAUGGACAGCACUUAUUCCUCCUAAAGGGCAAAUAAUGGACAAAUAUCACAUUUUCAAUAGUAAAAUGAACAAUUUAGCUGUAGUUCCAAACACUGUGAAAAGAUAGUUUACAAGGUAUCCUUGGUAAUAUUUAUGUUCUUUUAAUAUCAAGUGUUUUGUGUUUCUAUUGUGUAAUUAUUUUGAAUAAAUUUUGUUAUAAAUAAUGAAGCUUUUUGAACAGUUUGUGCACUUAGCUCAGUGAAUCUUCAAGAGUUCAUGAAUCCAAAAAUGAAAUAUUGCCUCACUUCACAACACACUGUGUCCUUAAUAAUAAUGUAGCCAUUACAAAAGGUCCAGGAGGAUUCACGAAUGUAAUACUAAAUGCUCGCAAUUCUGUUCUCUAAAAGUGAGAUUAGCAUGCUGAAAUAAUGAAUUAGUGAAAGGAAUUUGUGGGUUAUAUUUAAUUGCAGCUUACUUUCUUUUUGUGACAAAAUGUUCCUGACGUGUCACAAAGCUUCACAAACAUUUUACAUUUGAGCGAGGAGUCUGCUCAGUGUAGCAAAGACUUGACAAUGAAGUCUCAUUGUGUAUUUCUUGAGUUAUUGCACCCUGUGCAGUUCUUUGUGAAACGUGUGAAGCAUUAUGUUUUAUCUGGAAACGCUACAUCGUAACUGAUUUAUUAGCUGAACCAUUACGGUCAAACUGCAAGGAAGUAAGAACAACAAACAGGUCAUAUGUUAGCGCCAUACUUUAUUAACUCAAUGCAUUAUCAGUCUAAGUGAUAUCUCUUUUAUAAAAGCUUGAAAUGUCACUUCAUUACUUUAUUGCAGUACAAACAUAAUGUAAAUCAACUUCUUAACAAAGAUUAGAACAGCGGUCUCAACCACAACAUGUUAGCAUUUAUUAUUUCCAAGGUGGCUACUGUGCUGCAAACAUGUACAACAAAAAGUAAACCUUUGCAUGUUCACAAAAACUA